AUGCAAUACGCGCAGCUUUCCUCGUUGCGGAAGAAGGUCCUUGAGGAGGCCGCCAAGUUGGUGCCGAAGUAUGGAUUCAGAGACGCUGGUUUAGUUUCUUACGCGCUUGAGGCAACCAAGGAAAACGAAUUCUCCAGAGAUGUGGGGACUCUGGGCGAUGCUGAUUUUGCCCGUAUGUUUCCCAGGGGUUUUCCAAUAGCCUUAGUUGAACACAUUGUUGUCAACAGUAACAAUGUUACCCAUCGACGACUAGAGGAGUGUUUUAACAAAGCUGCCACUCUUGAGUCUGUCGCCAAGAACAGCGAGCUAUAUAGAACUGGACAGUACAAACCUCCAGGUGUAAAAAAUGUUGUGGAGGAGGCAAUGCUAACGAAGUUUAACUGUUUGAUGCCUUAUGUGAAGCACUGGCCGGAAGCAGUAGCACUGGAAUGGAAUCCCGUUAAUGUUCCAUUUGCUAUUAAGAAUAUGGCGGAGUUUGUCGAUACCACUUGUUAUUAUGCGGAACGUAUGGAAAAUUUAGGAGCUGUAAUUGCGUCGGGAAACGUACUUCUUCAAUCCCGUCUUCACUGUUUUGACCCUAACGACUCUCUGAAUAGUAAGCCGAAUCGCGGGUGUCAUGCAGCUUUUAAAACGGACGAGGAACGUUUCUGGCACUCAUUUUCUGCCGCAAUCCCACUCUCUAAUGGCCCUCAUACGAGGGAGGGAUCAUUGAGCUAUGAAUGGUAUGCGAAGAGAACCAAGGUAGCUGCGGUGCUUAGCUUAGGAAUGCUAUCGUUCAUUGGAGAAGAGUCUUGCCAUCAUCCAGAGACGAAAGCCAUGUUAAAGUGUAUUACAGACAAACUGCUUUAG